AUGUCUCCAAUCUUCGAGUCGCUCGAGGCCCGAGGUCAGCAUCCCGGCGUCAAGUUCCACAAGGUCGACGUCGACGAGCAGCCUAUCAUUGCUGAAGAGGUCGGGAUCCAUGCCAUGCCCACCUUCAUCGCUUUCAAGAACGGCCAGAAGGUGGAUGAGCUUGUCGGUGCCUACCCCGCGCGUCUGAACGUCAGUUCAGUUUCUGCUCUGCUUUGA